UGGACGAACGUCUUGUGCGCGCGCUUUGCUCCCCAGGUAACAGCUCAGCGCUUUGCUCGAAUUACGCGUCUGCCGCCUCAGCUCCCCAUCCCGCGCCUCCUCCCCUCCUCUGUGCUCCCUCUUGAGAGAGAUCUUUUCACCACGGCGGCCCUCACGCUUCUUUCCCGCUUCUUUACCAGCCCUUAUAUACCCCCUCCCGGCCCUCUCGAUCGUCCAUCUCAUGACACCUAGUUAGCUCGCUCUCGCUGCCGUUGCACAAGUUACAGACGCACACACAAAUCGAGACGCACACUUUGGAGGAGGCAUAUAUCUGCGUGCACCAUAGCUUGGAGCGUAGGCGCACUGCAACUUAAUUUGGCACAUGUCAGUAAGUACAUAUAUACAUGGGUGUGCCCUAAAGGUUCAUGGCUGAGCAGCCGCCGCCUGCGUCGUCCACGCCGCCAAAUCCUCAGCCGCGAGCGGGGUUGGCAACAAACCAGCCUUCGGGUUCGGGCCCUGCCCCGCCUCAUUCUCCUUCUCCUGUAGUACUGCAGGGCGACACGACGGCGGGGUUAGCCACGGCGCCGACGGCAGCGAUGAGCUCGGGCGAGCCGUCUCCGCGCUCGUCCGGGAAGCACGCCUUCUACCGCGGCAUCCGGUGCAGGAGCGGCAAGUGGGUGUCGGAGAUCCGGGAGCCGCGCAAGGCGCGCCGCAUAUGGCUCGGCACGUACCCGACGGCCGAGAUGGCCGCCGCGGCCUACGACGUCGCCGCUCGCGCGCUGCGUGGGACCGACGCUGUACUCAACUUCCCGGGCGCGAUCUCCUCGCGUCAGGCCCCAGCGUCCGCGUCCCCCGCGGACAUACGCGCCGCGGCGGCUGCCGCGGCGGCUGCGUUGCAGCUUGAGAAGGCGCAGGGUGGCAGCACCACUGCUGCUGUCACCGCCGCACAGCAGCAGCAGCACGGAACGAGCAGUACGACCGCUGACGCGGCGAGAUGUAUGCCGCAGCAGGAAUUUGGCAAUGACGAGUUCUUGGACGAAGAGGCAAUCUUCGAGAUGCCUCUACUCCUGCGGAACAUGGCGGCGGGCAUGAUGAUGAGCCCGCCGAGGCUCAGCCCCGACACCUCCGACGAUUCGCUUGACCUGUCGGAGGUCGGGGAGAGCCUCUGGAGCUACCAUGAUCCGUAGACUGCAUUGGCGAGCAGUGUGGUAAUAGUACAAACCAUAGUGAACUAAUCAUGGCAAGAUAAGGAGGUACAUAUAUGGACCCCGGCGCGGCGUCGUCCUCUAUCUGGUAACAUAAGUUCAUGCCAUAGGCGUAGUGUGACAUGCUCGCUAGUACCCUUUCUUCUCUCUCUUUUAAGUGUUACUACCCUUUUCAUAUUUUUUUUUUCUUCUUCUAUUUAAUUUAUCUCCUUCAUUCCGUAGUUAUUUCUUUUUAAGUGAUUCGGCGUGAUUAAGCAAAGUCCAAUUGUUGAUUCAGUUGGCUUAUUUCUCGUAUUGGUAUAAGAGCAAGCACAUCUUUUUU